AGAAAUCAUUAUUACAACGAAAUAAAAAUCAAAUCAAAUUAAAAAUAAAUAAAUAAACGUUACAGACACGCAAUUCAAUAACUCUCUUUCCUAUCCCUCCCCUCUCUCUUUCUUAUAAAUUCACUUUCACCUCACCCCUCCUUUUCCACCCUCCCUCCCUCCCUCUAUCGUUUUAUGCUGUGUCCAGUGUCGUUUUGACUCGUUUCAGUUUGUGAGUGUCCUCGAGUCUGUUUGUUUUCACUCCAUCGGAGAAGAACACGUUUCUGUUUUAUCUUUUUUUUUUGUUGCUGUUACACGCUAUUUAGAGAAUCUAAACGGUGUCGUUCCUCUUGACUCGCUUUGAUUUUCUCAGUAGUUGAAUUGGGCUCAGUUUUCAGUUUCAGCUCUCCGUUUCUACACUGUACGUCUCUCCGGUUCAAUACGCUGUCGUGUUUCUGAGUUAAGUUCAAACCGAGUCAACCACGACUCGAGUCGAUUUCAAUCAGAGUCAACCCUAUGUGUGUAAUGAUUUUGAUUGCGAUCUGCGUUAAUAAUUAAAAAAAGGGAAAACAAAAGAGUCUACUGGAGUCGAGAAAGAGGAGUCACAGAGCUUUGGAUCCUAUGAGGUUUGCUUUUCGAUUUUGAUAGGAAAAAAAAAAAAGUAAAGGAAGAAAUCAUGACACAGCUUUUGGAAAUCCUGCCCAAGGAACUCAAAUUUAUUUUUGAAGUGAAGAAGCAAAGCUCAUGCUCAAUACGGCUUACCAAUAACACCUUCCACAAUGUUGCGUUCAAGGUUAAAACAACUUCACCUAAGAAGUACUGCGUGCGACCAAAUGUUGGCAUUGUCGAUCCAAAAUCAACUUUUGAAUUUAUUGUCACAAUGCAAGCUCAAAAGGUGGCUCCUCAUGAUAUGGUGUGCAAAGACAAGUUCUUAAUCCAAAGCGCAAUUGUUCCUGUUGGAACAACCGAGAAGGACAUCACACCUAGUAUGUUUGCCAAAGAUAAUGGCAACCAUGUCGAAGAGGUCAAGAUGAGAGUGGCCCUCAUCAGCCCACCUGAAUCACCGGUACUGUCACCAAUUAAUGGAGUGCUUAAGCAGGGGCCUUUUUUUGAACCUUCUGUGCUGAAAGAUCCUGUGCAGAAUAGAGUUGAAAUUCUCACUCCACCACAAACGAUUGCCAAGAGUUCAGAAUUCAAAAUGACCAAUGGCCAUGAACUCAAUACAGCUAAUGAUGUAGAGUUGAAGCCAAAGAAGGAUGGGAUUCAUGAUCAAGAGUUAAAGCCAAAGACGGAUGGUAUUCAUGAUCAAGAGUUGAAGCCAAAGAAGGAUGGGAUUCAUCAAGAGUCUAAGCUGUCAAAUGAGACGGUUUGGCUACCAAAUAUUGAUGAUGUCGUUGAGAAGGAGUUGAAGCUGGAACAGGACGAAGAGUUGAAGCAAGACAAGGAUGCCAGUAACAAUGAGCUCUCUAAGCUAGCGGAUGAUAUGGAGUCCCCUUCUCUGAAGAAUGAGGAAGUCAUAACAGUGAAUGCUGUGCAGGAGCUGAAGUUGACCCGUGAUGUUGAGGAGAUGAAAUCAAAAUUGCAUGUACUUGAAUUAAAGCUAAACGAGGCAGAGGCUACUAUUUCAAAGUUAACAGAGGAGAAGAGACAAGGCAAUCAAGAACAGAAAAUCUUGCAAGAAGAACUAGAUGUAUUGAGAAGUCGGACAAGCGUAAAAAGAGUGUACGUGGGAUUCCCGCUUCUAUUUGUUCUUAUGACUGCGUUCAUCAGUAUCAUGCUUGGAUACCUUUUACACCGUUGAUACUUAGCCAUUAGAGAUACCUUGUCCAGGUUUGUUCAUAGCUAGAACUUAUAAAAGGAUGGAAGACAAGCAUUCACGCUAUAAAUGCUGCAAGGAAAUAACAGGGGACUAGUUAUGUGUGUCCAAGUUUUCUUGCUCUUUGUGCCCUCUUUCGGGGGGAUGCCUUCAGGAUGUCUGUUUGUUGCAUUUACACACAAAACGAACAACAAUCGAGCGUAGAGAGAUUUCUUCUAUGUAUGCCUAAUAAAAUACAGUAAAAAGACAUUAUUACUCUUUGUAACCACCAAGACACCGCCUUUUGAAGUAAAAAAAAAACUCUCUUCAGGUUGUGUUA